CGGGGAUCAACGCCCGUUGGGUCGGAGCGGGAGGAGGCCCGCGCCAUGGCGGCCCGACUGGGCGCGCUCGCCGCGUCGGGGCUGUACCGGCGGCGCCAGCACCGCCAGAGCCUGCCGCCCGCCGCGCCUGGUAACAUGUCCAACGCCUUGGCCAACGCCGUGUGCCAGCGCUGCCAGGCGCGCUUCGCCCCUGCUGAGCGGAUCGUCAACAGCAGUGGAGAGCUGUUCCACGAGCACUGCUUUGUCUGCGCCCAGUGCUUCCGGCCCUUCCCCGAGGGGCUCUUCUACGAGUUCGAAGGUCGGAAGUACUGCGAACACGACUUCCAGAUGCUGUUUGCGCCGUGCUGCGGGUCCUGCGGCGAGUUCAUCGUCGGCCGUGUCAUCAAGGCCAUGAACAGCAACUGGCACCCCGGGUGCUUCCGCUGUGAGCUGUGUGACGUGGAACUGGCCGACCUGGGCUUCGUGAAGAACGCGGGCAGGCACCUGUGCCGACCUUGCCACAACCGGGAGAAGGCCAAGGGCCUGGGCAGGUAUGUCUGCCAGCGGUGUCACCUGGUCAUCGACGAGCAGCCUCUCAUGUUCCAGAAUGACGCCUACCACCCGGACCACUUCAGCUGCACCCACUGCGGGAAGGAGCUGACGGCCGAGGCCCGGGAGCGGAAGGGCGAGCUCUACUGCCUGCCCUGCCACGACAAGAUGGGCGUGCCCAUCUGCGGGGCCUGCCGCCGGCCCAUCGAGGGCCGCGUGGUCAACGCGCUGGGCAAGCAGUGGCACGUGGAGCACUUUGUCUGCGCCAAGUGCGAGAAGCCGUUCCUGGGCCACCGGCACUACGAGAAGAAGGGCCUGGCCUACUGUGAGACCCACUACAACCAGCUCUUUGGGGAUGUCUGCUACAACUGCGGCCGUGUGAUCGAGGGUGAUGUGGUGUCAGCCCUCAACAAAGCCUGGUGUGUGAACUGCUUCUCCUGCUCCACCUGCAACAGCAGGCUCACCCUGAAGAACAAGUUUGUGGAGUUCGACAUGAAGCCUGUGUGUAAGCGGUGCUACGAGAAGUUCCCGCUGGAGCUGAAGAAGCGGCUGAAGAAGCUGGUGGAGCUGGCAGCCCGCAGGGCUAGCCCAAGUCCGCAGGCCUUCACCCUGCCUGAGAGCCCACCCUGCCCACCUGUCCUCCUGUCCAUCCGUCUCCUGCCCACCUGUCCUACCCACCUGUCCUCUUGUCUGCCCGUCCCUUGUCCUUCCAUCUCCUGCCCCCUGCCCCCCUGCCAGCCUGUCCACCUGUCCAUUGGUCUUCCUGACCGCCUACCCUUCUAUCUGCCUCCUGCCCUCCUGCCCACCCACACUCCUGUCCAUCCAUCCCCCGUCCGCCUGUUGUCCUGCCCACCCAUCCUCCUGUCCAUCUGUCCUCCAGCUCACCUGUCCUCUUAUCCAUCUGUCUCCUGCCCACCUGUCCUCCUGUCCAUCAUACCCCCGUCCACCUGUUGAACUGCCCACCUGUCCUGUGCAUCCGUCCUCUUGCUCCUGGGGCCCCUUCUGUUGGUGGCUUCGCUCCUCCCCCUGCUCCCUGUACCUGUUGCCUCUUCCAUCUCCUCCCUCUGUUCCCUCCUCUCCAUCCCUUCAUGCAGCCAUAGGGCAGGGCCCCAGAGGUGGUGAGCCUGUGACAGGUCCACGUCCACAGCUUCAACCCAAGGUCCUCCAGGAACAGGAGCAAAUUGGGGCCGGAGUCCUGGCCUGGCUUCUCCUGACCUGUCCCAUCCCCGCAGGUGGCCUCGGGGGCCCUACUACACACACACAUGCAGCCUGCAGCCAGGCCACCACCGCAGCCCGGGGGCCAUGCAGGUGAGGGGCCUCUAGGGAACCUUCCUUCUACCCCCCGACCACGCGCUCACUCAACCAAAGAGAAUUCCUGCCUGCAGACCAGGCCAGCCAGUCCUGCCGCCUCACCCCACGGAGCAGCAGGCAGGACGAGGACCCCGCCACCAAGGCGCUUGCUGGCCCUCCGGGUGUGGCUGGGCCAGGAGGUGGCGGGUGUGGGUGGGUGGCUUAUUCCAGCCUCCGGGGAGGACGCUUCCUCCGCACAGGACCUGGCAUCGGGCCUCACACUCGCACAGCAAAUGAAGGCUUUUUAUGCAACCUCA